AUGAAGCGGUACAUGCAUGUAACUCACAUGCCCUCCACCCACAGCACCCUCCCUCACCCACCUCAACCUCCCUCGCUCACCCUCUCCUUCCCUCCCCUCCCCGCGCACCUCUCCCUUGCUUUUCGCCCUGCCCCUCCUCUCCGUUUCAUCAUCUCCCCCAUCCCCUCCCAUUCUCCCCCAUCCCCUCCUAUUUUCCCCCAUCCCCUCCCAUUCUCCCUCAUCCCCUCCCAUUCUCCCCCAUCCCCUCCCAUUCUCCCCCAUCCCCUCCCAUUCUCCCUCAUCCCCUCCCAUUCUCCCCCAUCCUCGCCCCCCCUGCCCUCGGCACCCUUCGUUCGUGUCAGAUGCGCCGCCUCCUGCAGUGACUUGGUGUGCUGUGCUUCUCUGCCAAGUAACGCCAUGCCAACAGCUGGUAUGUCGGCUCAGCUGCUGCUCCUCUUCUCCCAACCGCCGCUGCUCAUUCGCCAAGCACUGGCCACUGCCAAGCUGCCACAUGAGCAGCCCUUACUGCUGUGGUGUCGCCAUGUGCUCAGGGUGACCCCCACGGCGAGCUUCCAGAAGGACCUGGGGCUGGACUCGCUAGACGGGGUGGAGGUGGUGAUGGCGUUUGAGGAGGAGUUUGCUCAUUCUCUCGCCGCGCUUUCCUUCAGCACAGCAGUGAAGGGAGCUUCUCUCUCCGCCAAUCGCGUAGCAGUAGCUCCCAUCGUCGCUCCCCGCGGCCUUGGCGUGACAGCCCUCCUCCGUUUCAACAAGGCCGCCAUCCCCGCUAAGACCGUUCCCGCUAAGAAGCAACUGCGCACCGAAGACGGCAUCUUCGGCACAUCCGGCGGUUUCGGCUUCACGAAAGCCAACGAGCUCUUCGUGGGGCGCGUGGCGAUGCUCGGAUUCGCCGCGUCGCUGCUGGGCGAGGCGGUAACCGGGCAGGGAAUCCUUUCGCAACUGAACCUGGAGACGGGCAUCCCCAUCACGGAAGCCGAGCCGCUUCUGCUCUUCUUCAUCGCAUUCACCGUGCUCGGCGCCAUCGGCGGGCUGGGCGACCGCGGGCGAUUCGUGGACGACGAGGCGCCGGCGGGUCCGCCGGUGAAGCCGGGGAGCGUGAAGGCGGCGCUGGGGUUGAGCGAGGAGGGGCCGCUGUUCGGGUUUACCAAGGCGAACGAGCUGUUCGUGGGGCGCAUGGCGCAACUGGGGUUCGCGGCGAGCCUGGUGGGCGAGGUGAUCACCGGGCGAGGCGCGCUGGCGCAGCUGAAUAUCGAGACUGGCUUGCCCGUGUGGGAGCUGGAGCCGCUGCUGCUCGCCAGUAUCGCCUUCUUCUUCAUCGCCGCUAUCAACCCCGGUACAGGGAAGUUCAUUAACGAUGACGAGUAG